AUGCGUUGGCGAAAGAGACGAGAAGCAGGGCUCUCAGACGUCCACAAGGAGAGAAACAGUCCUGCGGACACUACGCACCGCACUUCGAACGACGCUAUGUCAGUUCGGUACGCUCAUCGGCAGGAGGAUGGCCACACCGGGUGCCUGCCACGCCCUUCCUUGUGUUGGGUGUGUGUUUUCAGGCGGCCAAGACGCUCUUUUGUUCGGACGUUGGGCUGCAGACCGGGAGCUGGGUGCCCGCUCCGGCGGGCGCUCUUGGUCGGGCGGCGUGUGCUCGGUGGCUUUCUCCAUCCGUUUCUUUGCCGGCGGGCCAUGGCUCGCUCUUUUGCGAUGUGUGAUGAUGAUUCGUCAUGUGUUGUGGGUGUGACAUGAUGUGUGACAUGGAUGGCGAGGAGGGCAGCUCACACGCACACACGUUCACCUGCACACGGAUUCUAUCAACGCCUGUGUUCACUCUGUCUGUUGACGUGUGUGUGUGCCUCUGUCCCAGGUUGCGUAUGGAUGGAUGGAUGGUGUCUGUGCACCCGAUGUACCCCGAUGUACCCCGAUAUACCCCGAUAUACCCCGAUGCACUGUCUCGUCUGUCCGACGCCUAA